UUGCUAGCUCUUGACGACAACGAUAUACAAAUAUUAAAGACAUACGGCCAAGGCCCGUAUGCUGCUCAACUCAAGAGAGUAGAAAGUGAUAUAAAAGAGGUUCAGAAGCGAGUCAACGAGGAGAUGGGCAUUAAGGAGUCCGACACCGGCCUUGCACCUCCAAACCUUUGGGACAUUGCCGCCGACAAGCAGAGGAUGAGUGAAGAUCAGCCUCUGCCGGUUGCGCGAUGCACGAAAAUUAUCCGUAUGGACCCCGAGAAAGCUGCUCGCGCAGCUGCCAUGAAUCGGCCAGGUGCGGAACAAGGCCAGAAAGGCGCCGAUGAGGAAGACCAAUAUGUUAUCAAUAUCAAGCAGAUUGCUAAAUUUGUCGUCUGUCUCGGUGAACGUGUCGCGCCCACUGAUGUGGAGGAAGGAAUGCGUGUUGGAGUGGAUCGUAACAAGUACCAAAUUCAGAUCCCAUUGCCUCCAAAGAUUGACCCUUCUGUCACCAUGAUGCAAGUCGAAGACAAGCCAGACAUUACCUACUCGGACGUCGGGGGCUGCAAAGAUCAAAUCGAAAAAUUAAGGGAGGUUGUUGAGACACCUUUACUUUCUGUGGGUUUUUGCAUUAUGGCCAAUUCAAUUCUCUCUUGCUGA